UGCUGCCAGUCGACCACUUCUAACAAACUUACUUAGAUAAGUUUGGUGUUAUCGAGCUCCGCUCAGUCAUAGUCUGUGUUUGUGCGAUUCCGCCAACGCUAUGUAAUGGUUGUAGGCGGAUUGUUGUGAACGGGCUACGGAUCAUUCUUGUGGCCCUUGGCCUUGCGGCAAUGGCGACGCAGAUGUUCAAGUACGCGCUGAUCACAGCAGUGCUGGGGACGGCGCUCGUCGCGUCCUGGCUGCCGACUGGUUCACAUGGUAUGCCCACGCCUGGCGCGUCAAUGGCCAAUUCCACCGAUGACAAUGUGACGUGUCCUUUCCCACCGAUAAUCGACAAUGGCGAGGUUUCCAACGACACGGAUGAGGCGAUGACGGGAGAUUUCGUCAGCUACACUUGCGACAGCGGGUACCAGUGGCUGCACAACUAUGCACAGAUGGUGAACAUUGAAAUCCGGUGCUUUGACGGCAACUGGACGAACGUGGACGAUGAGUGCACUGAUAUCAAUGAGUGUGAUCCGAAGACUGGCGAGGGAAGGCUCUGCGAUUCCUGCCUCAACACCAAUGGGUCAUUCGUCUGCCAGUGCGGCCAUCUAAGAACCCUCAUUGGUAGCAGGUGUCAUGCUACCUGCGGUCCACUGCAGUCCUUCCUAGGAACUAACAGCACCAUUGGCGAAAUGGGCGUGGUUGGCUCGCAAGUAUUCUUCCAAUGUCCCGAAGGACUGGCGAUCAGAGGUGCAUUGAGCACAACCUGUGAGAGCAAUGCAUCCGCCACGUUCUGGUCACAUCCAGUGCCGAUCUGCGAACAACCUGCCGAGAAGUCCUCAGCACUGAGCACUGGUGCCAUAGUCGGCAUUGUUACUGGUCUGGCCGGGUUGGCGGUAAUGGUGGCACUUGCCGUCUGGUGCAUCACGCGCAGCAAGAAGGAAAUGCACCGAGAAAUGGACCGGAAGCGCUCGCUGGUAUCGCUGCGGUUACAGGAAGAAAAACACCGCAGAGAGAGUGAAGUCAGCCUGGUGCAGUCGAGAAAGCCCUCCACGGUGACCAGCGAUGGUGAAACACAGUUCCUGGGCUCGGCACAGCCGGCAGAGGCACCCAUAGCCGAGUCCCAAUGCGAAGACCUCUCAUCCAAACAACCAGCGCCGAGUCCCGAGAAAAGCUCGGGCGAACAAGAAGAGCUUGUCAAGAUGGAGGAGGAUAUUGGUGUCAGCACUCCGCCAAGUACAGAUGGUAUCCUGGAUACUGACGUGGUGAAUGAGCCAGCUGGAGGGGCCGGUACAGCCGAAGAGUGUGUGAAUGCACAGCCAUUAGACCUCCUUGCUGCCGCUGCUGAAUCUGCUAUCCCUGAGGACAAAGAAACACCUGUUGUCGACGCUGGAACAGACCAGGCAUCGACUGCUGACACUCCAGUUGUGACGGCCGAGUCCGCUGUGGUACCGGAUACAGAAGUUCCCGAGCCCGAGGCGCAGGAGAGCACAGAAGCGGUGGAGACUGUAGCUGUAGAAGGGCUAGCACAGGACCAUGAACCCGGUGCAGCGGUUGCACAAAAUAAUCAUGUUGACCCAAGCACAGCUAAUGAACAAGAAAAAUGUACUGCCUCUGUGGCUGCUGCUCCAGCAGAUCAGCCAGAAGAAGAGGGAAUAAGUUCUGCGGCAGAAGCAGCAGCAGAGGAAGACACCCCUGAAACAGGAACUCUGAAUACAGGUGACCCCGCAGGUACCAAAGAAGAAGCGGGCGAAACGGCUUCUACUGAUGGAGCUGCUGUGUCUGCACUUGGAGAUACGUCUGAAGCACACGCAGAGGAAAAGGCAGCCGUGAAUGAUGUAGUCACUGGAGAUGUGCACACAGACACGCUCGAGGCAACUUCUCCAGACCCUGCUCAAGCUGAACAGGAGGCAGCUGAGACUUCAACUGAUCUCUCCGCUGUUCCCAUAACUGAAUGCGCCUCCACCACUGAGCAUGUGGAAGCAGUGCAAGAUGUCACCCCGACUGAGACAGCUUCUCCAGGUGCCGUCGCUGAAGCAGAAGAAGUGGCACCAUCAUCUCAAGAACCAGUGGAAGCCUCGGUGCCUGACAAGUCUGUUUUACAAGCUGUAGCAGAGGUGUUCUUUGGUUCUGAUACCUCCAGUGCAUCAACCGCGGAGGAAAGCGCAGGCCACUCUGAAGCAGAGAAAGAGGCGAGUGAUGCAUCUUCAACUGACUCAUCGCUGGAGGCACCAAGCGAAGGAACACCAGAGGCGCAUGCUGGGGCAGCGAGUGCAAAGCCAGUAAGCACCAGCUCGGCUGAGGAACCCGACGACACCACUGUUGAAGAAUAAAGACUCAAUCCGGCCUGCGAGAGCAAUAGAGUAUCUUGGCACCAUCCAGCAGGAGGGUAAUGUCGGAAGGGUCCAAUGGUGUGAGCCGGUGGAUGUGCUGGAAGCAGAGAAAUGUCACUGAGACUGACCUUGCUUUGGCUCCUAUCUGAGUAAAAGUGCUCAACAAACAACCUUGGCAGCCAUGCCUACAAUCACACAGAUGCAAGUCACAGUCACCUUCUCCUCUGUAAAUAGGAGUACACUCUGUACUCUGUGUACACUUCCAACAGACAAGCUAGUCAUUAUAGGGAUGCAAGACGACAGCAAGCAUGUAUUCAAAGAAGCAGCGGCAUGUGCAAUGCAUUCAAAAAAUUUCCUGAAUUGAGAGUAAAAAUUUAGAAACAUUGUUAGUCAUAGGCUUCUUUGAUUCAGUGCUCCUAGAUGGCACAUGCAUGCUAAAAGUAUAUUAUUCUGAUGUUGCUAUUGUCGUGGCUGGCUGAUCG